AUGUUGGACAACAUCAACGCCGAGCGCAGAGGGGAGCAGGUGGAUCGCAUCCUCCUGAAGCACACCGUGAACAUGCUGGUGGAGCUGGGCGUGCAGGGCAAGAAUGUGUACCGCGAGUGCUUCGAGGAUCAGUUUUUAGACCACACGCGGAAGUUCUACCAGGACGAGUCGAAGCAGUACAUUUCACAGAAUCCCUGCUCCGACUACCUGAAGAAGGCAGAGAAACGAAUUCGCGAGGAGAAGACCCGGGUAGAGAACUACCUCCAUGAGUCCACCAUGGAGAAAAUUCAGGAGCUGUGCGAUGAGGAGUGGAUCUUAGUGCACUACAAGACCCUCAUCCACAUGGAGAAUUCAGGGUGCGCGUGGAUGUUUGAGCACGACAAGGUGCCCGACCUGGAGCGGAUGUAUGCGCUCUUCAGCCGUGUGCCACUGACACUGAAAGAAGUGCAGAAGGUGAUGAUGGACUGCAUGUGCGAAGCAGGACGUGACGUCUUGAACGACCCAGAGAAGGUCAAGGACCCCGUGUCGUUCAUCACUGCAAUCCUCCACCUGAAGCACAAGUACGACAGAUUCGUGAAGGAGUCCUUCAAGGAAAGCAAAGACUUCCAGUUGGCAUUGAAGCAGGCCUUCGAAUCCUUCCUCAACAAGGACACGCGGACAGCGCAAUACUUGUCCCUCUACGUCGACGACCAGUUCCGCAAGGGCCUCAAAGGCAUGUCCAGCGACGCGGACGUCGAUGCGGCGCUGGAGCAGGUCGUGACCGUCUUCCGAUUCUUGCAGGAUAAGGACGUCUUCGAGAACUUCUACAAGCAGCACCUUGCUCGGCGGCUUCUCACAGGGCAGCUUCAGCCGUGGAGCCACCUUUGCCGCAGCAACCAGCGCAAGGACAUCCACUUUGCGGGGUCGGUCCGUCCCUGGCUGCCGGACAAUUCUGACACAAUUCCCGAGGAGCUGUGA